AAGCAUUGGAGAAAAGGGAUGCUCAAGCAACGAAAAGCAAAAAAUAUUCGCCAGAAACUUUCAGAUACCGAAGAAGAUAAUAGAAAGGAAGAAAUUAACCAACAACAACAGUCAAAUGAUAUUUAUAUAAAACGAACAAAACGAACCACAGCAUUUGGCAGAAAGUGUUCCAACAAAAGGACAGGUGGACUGUUGGGUACUAGAGAAGUAACUAGAGCUGUCAAAGAAUCCAAUGCAGAUUUCAUAGAAGAAGAAGAAAGUAAGCAAGAACUGGAGGAUGAAUGGUUUCCAAAAGAAUUCAAGCAACUGGCGAAUAGUUCCUCUCUGGUGAACCAAGCCUUGCUUGAGGUAAAACAAACAGAACCGGAAUAUUCUUUUGAAACUAUGGAAGAAUUGAAAAGACAGACUUUUGGAUGGAACAAAGAAGAUGGGGAACAAAACAAUGGUUCGUCACAAUUGGAACAACAACCGGAGGAAAUAGUCCAAUCAAACCGUGAGACUCAAAGUCCUUUUUUACGAGUACAAAACGAUGAAGAAAUAGUUGAUGAAGAGGAAGUAGACUCAGAAUCUGAAGCACGUUGGGAACUCGACCAGUUAAGGAGAGCUUCAGGAAACAACAAGUAUACUAGAAAGUUGGAAAAGUUAUCCAAUAAGAAACUGGAAAGUUUCCAUAAACCUGAACUAUUACAAGACCCUCUCAUUGUGUUGGAAAAGGUUUCGAAUAGUCUUCAAGAUGCCAUGAAGACGAAUGAUGAAGAAAUGUCUAAAGUUUUGCAGGAGCAGAUGGAAACAGAAAAGGCCUUGGACAAUUGUCAAAAGCAAAUGAAAGCGAAGGAAACAGAAGCUAUGGUAGCAACUGAAAAGUAUUCAUUUUAUGAAGACUUAGGUAGAUACUUUGAUGACUUGUUAGACAUGCUCAAUGAGAAGUGGAAACAAUUGAAUAGUUUGAGAGACAGAGAAGAACAGGCAUAUCAGGAAUAUCAAAUGAAUGAAGAAUUCCAAGGAAUCUCAUUCUUAGAAAAGGAUGAUUGGAGACUUCUUCCGAAGCCUGAAGAAGAGUUGGAGCAAGACAAUAUGCUUUCGCAUUCUUCCAUAGUCAAUGGCUCAGAAAAUUUUGGUGCCAAAGGUAGAAUUCAGAAAGAAUUGGCAAAUAUUGCAGAGGCUCGCAAUGCUUUGUUUCAGGAUGUAGAGUGGGACUAUGCUUCUAUAUCGCAAGUAGUCGCACAUUUUGUAUGGUGGCGAAAGAAUUAUCCUAAAGACUAUGAUGAAGCCUAUGGAGAACUUAUGUUGAGCAAACUGAUAACCGAAUAUACCAAGAUAGAGUUAUUGGGCUGUUGGCCAUUUGGAUUGCAAAGUUUAUGUGAUAUACAAAGUAUUCAGGCUUUGAAGUUUUAUCAUCAAGAAUUUGGAGAAAGGUUGUCACGUUCCUCUUGUUUGAUUUCCAUCUUAGAAGGAGUUAUUAUUCCUAUUCUUUCAAAGUGGCUUAGGCAUUUGUAUUUUUUUCAAAAUCUUCAUCAAACGAGAACGAUGAGCAUAUUUUAUAAGGAAAUACUCGACUUUACAAAGGAUUCCGAAUUUCUUGCUUCUAUUCAGGAAAAGAUGAAUGAAACAUUUCUUGAGAAAGGGAAAGAUAUCCUCUCUCAGUGUACUGAUCUUUCAGAGUCAUCAUGGAACAAUGAACAACAAUGGAAUGCCUUCAUUUAUAUAUUGCGUAUGAUAUCCUAUUGGCAUGGUUUGAUUCCUUUUGGUAAGAAUGUAGAACAAUUUCUGUUGGAUGAAAUCAUCACUCGCCAUAUAUUGCCUAAAGUAAGAAUAUUAUCGAAUGAAGAUAUUCUAGACCGUUUAUACUUUAUUUUAUGUCACUGUUUACCUCAAGAAUGGCCUGACCCUUGUUCUCAACAUUGGUUGGCCAUUCGGGCACUUGUAACUCGUAUCGUUUCCACUAUCAAGGAGACAGACAAACUGGAUAAAUUGGAAGCUUGUAAAAAACGUUGUGGUUAUUAUUUGUAAUGACAAAGAAUUGUAUAUUGUUAAAGUCAUAUAUGUGCCUUGAAAUAGAUACCCUCAUAUAACAUAUUGAA